ACACUAAUAACACUACAGCAGGAUCUCUGAUGACUCUGCAAACAUGUCAGCUUUUCUGUUGACCAAAAACACCGUACAGCAAUAAAGCAUCUGAUUGGUCAUAUAUCAUUCGCUUCGCGUUUCCAUUAACAUAAGAGCUCAUCCAUGGCAACCAAACGGGUGCGGCACCUGCGCCAGGUGUAUUUGACUAUCAAAUAGCACAGAGACGCUGUGCCGUCUCUACCAGCCAGAGGAAAACAAGAGAAAAGAGAAGUCAGACUACAUCAAAGCCCGAUGACACCCCAGAAAACAUGAACUGGGGAUUUCUGGAGAGUGUGUUGAGCGGAGUAAACAAGUAUUCGACAGUCGUCGGACGGGUUUGGCUCUCCGUCCUCUUCGUUUUCCGGAUCCUGGUGUUCGUGGCCGCCGCCGAGCAGGUGUGGAAGGAUGAGUUCAAAGACUUUGUGUGCAACACUCAGCAGCCGGGCUGUGAGCAGGUGUGUUUCGACCACUUCUUCCCCAUCUCACAGGUGCGUCUGUGGGCCUUGCAGCUAAUCAUGGUGUCCACUCCGUCGCUGCUGGUGGCGCUGCACGUGGCCUACAGGGAGCACAGAGAGAGCAAACACAAAAGAAAGCUGUACCGGGACAAGGGCAGCAUCGACGGAGGUCUCCUCUUCACAUACAUCAUGAGUCUGGUCCUCAAAACCUCCUUCGAGGUGGCGACUCUCCUCGCUUUCUAUUUUCUGUACAGCGGCUUCAACGUCCCCCGACUGCUCCGGUGUGAGGAGAGCCCCUGUCCCAACACUGUGGACUGCUACAUUUCCAAACCCACAGAGAAAAAGAUAUUUCUGUAUAUUAUGGGAUGUACGUCUAUACUAUGCAUCGUGCUGAAUGUGGUGGAGAUGGUGUAUAUUGUAUCCAAACAGUGCUGGAAGUGCUUCAGUAAGAAGUAUGUCCCUGUGAACGCAAGAGUCGGCUGUCACAGUCCACCUCCUUCCGUGGUGACUCUCGGUUCGGCCGCGCCACACCCGUUAUCAGCGUCUAAAGAGGGUGGACUUCAUUCUGCACUGGAGGGAAAGGACAACCCUACGCUUAAUGCUGCGUGAAAUAUGGACUGUUGGAUGUUUUUCUUUUCGGAUUGGAAUCGGCUUAAAAUUCAUGUCACUCUCUUCGUAUAACCAAAUCAGACAAAAUUAAAAGCUUUAUUUCAUUCACAUUUCUAAAAGAACUAAAAGAACUCAGGUUGGUCAAGUGUUACGUGGGCAAUUUCAUAUUAUUAUUAUUUUCUAUCAAAACUUGAAAUAGAGUGUUUAUAACCAAUGUAUUGAAGCACCUGUUUAUAGUCUAAACAAAAGAAAAAAAUCAGUUUAUACAUGUUUCUAUUUAAAAAAAAAGGGAACAAUCAGUGAUGAAAACCUUUGGUAACAACUUCAUUUUGUCAUGGUAAAUUUCACCAUUCACCGUUUAUCGAAUGCGAGCACCGGGACUGCAGUUAUCUUCCGGUUUGUGUUUGGCUAGCCGCUAGUGUCUAAUAACAUAACUAUUUAUAUUUUAUUUAUGUUAAUAUUAAUUUGUAUUAUUAUUUUAUUGUAUUAUAAUUGUAAUUAAAUGAUUUGUUGAAUGUUGAUUUUAUUAAAUAAACAAUUUGUUGAAUGGGUCCUGUAGUUUGGUCGCAUUUAAAGAAUCCGUACGGUACAUUGACAUCUAGCGGUUGAGCUUGGUAUCACAGACUAAAUUCAAAAUAUUGGAGAGACAAGUUUGGCCAAGUAACGCUUCUUCUCGGUGUCUUUUGAUUGUUAUCAGAAAUAAUCUACAGGAGCUCUAUUGUUUGUGAACGUGUACCGGAAGUUAAAUUCAGCCCACGAACAUGCGCAUGCGCAGUAACAUUUGUUUAUGUUGUCACUUUGAAAGUCUAUAUUAAAGGAAUGCUUUACCCCAAAACGAAAAGUCUGUCAUCAUUUACUCCAAACCCGUAUAAAUUUAUUUGUUUUGCUGAACUCAAAGGAAGAUAUUUGG